CCUCCCGUCCCUCUCAUCUCUGUGUAAAACCAAGGUUGACAGACCUGCAGUAUGAUACAGACAUGAGGACAGCCGAUCAUCUCUCUGCUUUACAGGUUUGAUUAGAACAUGGAUAACAGCAGCUUGGGACUGCUCGGAGACGUUAACACAUCUCUUAAGACUGAAAUUCAAUCCUGUACUACACUGAGGAACCAGGCAUCUCGCAUUUUCCUAUAUGCCUUCCUCUCUGUUGGUAUCGUCUGCACAGUGGUGGGCAACUUUCUGGUCGUCCUGUCCAUCACAUACUUCAAGCAGUUGCAGUCACCCACGAACUCCUUCGUCAUGUCCCUGGCAGUGGCCGACUGUCUUGUUGGCCUGUUAGUGAUGCCUUAUAGUAUGAUUCGGACCAUAGAAGGAUGCUGGUACUUUGGUGUCCUUUUUUGUCGGCUUCACUCUAGCCUAGAUGUCAUGCUCUGCACUGCCUCCAUAUUCCAUCUCAGCUGCAUUGCCUUUGACCGCUACUACGCUGUCUGCAACCCGCUACUUUACUCUUUAAAGAUGUCCCGCAGUCGGGUGGCUCUCCUUAUUGUUGUGUGUUGGGCUGUUCCCAUGCUCAUUUCAUUCGGCCCCAUAAUGCUAGAUCUCCAUAUUGCUGGUGUGGACGUCCUGCUUCCUGAAGAUGUAUGUGUGUUCUUGGUCAAUCGUAUUUAUGCCGUCAUGGCCUCCUUGGUAGCCUUUUACCUGCCGAUGGCUAUCAUGCUGGUAGCCUACUGGAAGAUUUUCAAAGCUGCCAAACGGCAGGCCAGGCAGAUCAGCGCCAUGGAAAGCCAAAUGGCUGCUGGAGUGGGCAAAGACUCAAGCAAGAAACAAAGACACCGAAACACUAUGAAGAGGGAAAGAAAGGCAGCAAAAACUUUGGGUAUCAUCAUGGGUGUUUUCUUAAUCUUCUGGAUGCCCUUCUUUACAGUCAAUAUUGUGGACCCAUUUAUUGAAUACAGCACAGAGGUGGUCGUCUGGGAUAUAUUUUUGUGGCUGGGAUAUAUCAACUCAUCUCUAAAUCCCUUCCUGUAUGGUUUAUUCAACCGUUCCUUCCGUAGGGCAUUCCUCAUGUUCAUGGGCUGCAGGGUAUGCCUGCCUGGAUCUUCCCCUGGGAUGGAGCUAUCACACACUAGGAAAGAGGCAAAUGAACGUGCAGAUCAACCAUAAAAUAAAGAUAAUAUCUGUAUAUUUUGCAUAGGCAUGCAAAUAUCAGAUCAGUGAGUAUUAAUGACUUUGCUUUAGUGAAUCAAUGGCACUAUUCAACAAUUGCUCCAAUUUUUUUGUCAACAGCAUGGAAAAAUAAGUUUGAAUCAGUAAUAAUUAUAAUUAUACUAUAAAACAUACUAGUGAGGUGGGACUACCAUGAACCAUAAUUAAUGUAAUCACCUCUUUUCCUUCCAUGCUCUGCGGCUGUGUGCUCUGUGGCACAUUGUUUUUGAUUUUGUGACAGAAAAAGAGUCUGGUUUGACUCUGCCACAGAGGCUUUUUCCACUAUUAGCAGUUUUACGUAAAUUAGCUUUUGAUUAUGUCCAUGUCUUGCUCAUGCAGUUUCCAAGUGUAGGAAAUAUUCAAUGCAAAUUCAACCAAACAGUGAUAGUGAACUGCAGGAAUAAUUUGGCAAGAUGGCAAUCAACUUGACAGUCAAAGUGUAUCCCUAUAUUAUUUUUAUGCCUAAAGCAUAAAAAUUACUCUAUGUUGAAGUAAAAUCCUUGAAAUGAUUACCACAUGUGUAUAUAGCUGCAGUCAACUGCUGUAUGUUCAUUUUUAAAAAAAUGUUUUUGGAAAAUAAUUUUCCACUAAUAAUAAGGGAAGCUUCAAAUUGAUCCAGGUGGAUGGCAGAACAGAUAGGGCCUAAAAAUUGCUACAGCUUCAAAUAAUUUGUGUUCACAAUCUACAUAUUAGUGAGGAAGAGGAUCAAACUCAACUGCAGAUAACAGUUUUUUAUGGGAGAGAAGACAAGACCAGUGACCUAAGAAAACGCAGGAAAGGGUUAGAAGAUAUUGCAAGACAUGAAGAGGCCACAUCAAAGGGGUACGUGAAGCUUCACUAGGAUGACACAAUUGAUAUUUACAUCUCAGGUAAAAAUGUAAUUGAGACCUAUAAUUCUGUUCUUUCUUAUGACUUAAACUUUUGUUGUCACUUAACCUGGCUGUAUCAUCUAGCUGUAUCACAGAGGUUGCUAAUAACUAAUGUUAUACAGGUAUGAUAAGGGUUAAAGUGGAUGAUUUGUCAUUUGUAUUAUUGAUUGUUCUUAUAAUACACAUCUCAGUGCCAUUAGUAACGUAGUUUGUUUACGUUUGCAAUUUAUAUAAUUUUUUAUCUCACGUGUGCUGGUUUCACUAGUAAUACAAUCACUUCCCUUUAGGUGCAUUUUGCAAGUGAAAGAGGAGCAGUAAUGGGUAUAGAUGUUUCUGUGAUUCAAAAUGACAGCUUAUUUCAAGAAAAUCAAAGGAUAGCCACUUUUUAUACCUUAUCAAAUAUACAUAAAAAUCAACUUGAUCUACCAAGAUGACAAAUUACCAAUUAUUAUCAAAAUGUGUCAUUCCCUUUAUACAAGGGUAAAUCAACACCAGUAAAAUACAGUGUACCACUGUAAACUGCAUCUCUAUAGAUGUUUCAAAUUAUACUUCUGGGAAAACCCCCAAAACUAAUGUAAAAUCAGAUAUUUCAACAGCUGUUGGCCAGCUGCUGAUUUGUAGCGGCCAUGCUGUAUGUUUGAAAAAUGAGCAGUGUAGCAGCAGUUUUCUGCCUGUGUUGAUAUAGCCUUUUGCAGUUUGAAAACAACUCAUGCACUAAUAAACUAAUGAAUAGCUCAAAAUAUAAAUAUAAAUACUUGGCCACCUGUACUCCUGCCAGGUUUAGCUGAAAGCAUCAUAAUUUAAAUGGCACCCAUCCAAAUCUGCUCCUUUAGAUGGAAAUAAACACGUUUUGGUUUAUUACAAGAUUAUAAUAAGCCUAUCUUAGUGUUUAGGCUUGUCUUGUGAAGUACCUCUCAGGACUUAAAAGGGACACUGACUAUUUCCCCACUUUAUUUAUUUCGGUUGUGUAAUAUUUUUUACAGCUUAAAUCUUUGAGUAAGGUUAUAUAAGAGCACAAUUAAUAUUAAUGAGCCCAAAGCAUUCUGCAAAUUAGAAAUAAUUCAUAUUAAAAUUCACCCUGUUUUACAUUUAUUUUAUUAUUUAAUGUUAUUUAAUUGUUUGUGGUGUAACAAUGACUCACACUAUCUGCAUGAAUAUUUAGUAUGAAGUAACUUUAUUAACUUUCAAUACUUUUUUGUGUUAUUAAAUCAAAGAUCAGACAUAGGAAUAGGACAAAUAAUUAGUACUUUGCAGCAAGAUUAUAAUGUAUCUUUCAGAGCAAUCUGUACAUAGGCGAGUAACACAAGUAUUAGGUAUAAAGCUUUCUCCUAUAAUUGUGAUUGUUGUAAUAAAGUACUGGUCAGUGUGUAACCAUAAGGUAGGAUUAAUUUUCUAAACAUGCUGGCUAGAUGGAAUUUUUGGGUAUAAAUGAGAAUAUAACAUGAGGUUGUGUUUUGAUUGUUCUUAUGAAAGACAGACAGGACUGACUAAAUUCAGGAGCCACAGCGUCCACUUCAGCCACACUAAAAAUAGCAAAAAGCAAUAUUAGACCUCAAGCUGUGACAAAAUGCCAGGUGGUGUAUGAUUGAAUGCAGGUGUGUGAAGGUGGGCUCUCAGGGUGCUUUUAUUUCAUCAUACGACAUUGUACCUUAAUUUUUCCAUAACAUCAAAUAAAACAAUUAUUAUGAAUUUGAAUAAGA